AUGUCUCUGGUCGGUGCACAGAACCGUGGCGGCGAGCGUGGGACGGGUGCGUUGCCAGAAGUCUACGAACAACCCGGCUUGGAAGCCGUGACGCAUGAGCAAGACUGGUCCGGUCUUCAAGUCGUCAACGACCACCACCACCGAGAUGGCAGCAAGGAGGUGACAUACCAGAACAACGAAUACGAAAAAGAUACCCGUGGUAGCCAGCGAAGCCGAGUUCGACCCUGCCGCACAGAAGUCGCUGCCUGCGUCGGUAGCGGCACGGAGAAGGAGGAAAUUAUAGCUCCUCGUCGGAGCCGGCGUCUUGCUGGUCAUCGUGACGGCCGUCGUGGCAGGCGUGGCAGGCGUGGUGGGGAGCAAGAUGGCGGGGGAGCAGGGCGCAAGGGGUCACCAGAGGCGCAGGCGAUACGCCGGGGCUCGUCGCUCACGGCAACGGGGUGGUGGGAAAACACUGGCUCGGAGGCCAACGACACCUCGUGGCAAGGUCCGGAUGAGCUCGACUUGUUCGCCACGGGGAACUCACGCUUAGCGGGAUCUACAAUCGUGUAUGACACCGGAUAUACGCCGCAGCCAGAACUCUUCUACACCAACGCCCAAAUGCAGCUCCUCGGCAUCAGCAUGAACGACCUGUACAACCCGACGGUUCAGGAUGACAGCAUCAAGAGCAUGACCCUCAGGACCGGCGUUGACAGCAGCGUCGCCUCCAAUUGGCCGUGGUCCAUUUAUCAAGCCGCCGACGGCUACCUCGUCGAAGUGCGCAAGCGGCUGAUCGGGGGCACCUUCCGCCCCGCUGCGGAGUGGGAUGCCAAGAGGCUCCGCGUGCAGGCGGUCAACGCCAGCCGGCUGGCCCUGGUGCCGACCUCGACCAACUUCAGCAGGAUCGCCAUCCAGGGGGGCUACGGGAUCUUCUACCAGUCGGCGAAUUCCAGCCUGGUCGCGCUUAUCCCCGAUCUUGCGAACAACGUGCCCGCCGACUAUGUGACGCCGUGGCCGACGGACUUCCCCUCCAUCACGCUGCCCCAACGCGGCACCUUCGCCGCCUUCUCGGUGGCCCGGCCGUCGGACUCGCUCCAGAGCGUGGACACGUAUGCCCUGUACCUCGACGCCUCGUCCAACAUCAACGUGGUAUACACGGACUCGUCUACCUCUUCCUCGCCCUCCUGGAAGAUGGCGCAGCCCGACGUUUUGAAGGGGGCCGACGCGGACACCGACACCGCGUGCCUCACGAUGGCGACCUCGGCCUACGACUCGUUCCAGGAGGAGGUGCCGCUCAAGGUGGCGGCGAGCAUGGUGAGAUGCUGUUUCCAGCGCGAGGUGCUGGUUAGAGAAGUGACGUUGAGCGGGACGCAGUGGGUUGACGUCGGAAGCGUGCCGAUAUCCUGA